AUGGAAGAAGAUGAUUACGAGGAGUAUAUUCCUGUGGCAAAGCGUCGCGCUAUGGAGGCACAGAAAAUUCUCCAACGCAAAGGGAAGGCUUCGGCUGUGAUCGACGAUGAAACGGAGAAAGUAGGAGUGGUUGAAACGAAGCCGAGUCUACUUGUUAAGGCAUCGCAGUUGAAGAAAGACCAACCUGAGAUCAGUGUUACCGAGCAGAUUGUUCAACAGGAGAAGGAGAUGAUUGAUAAUUUAUCCGACAAGAAAACCCUUAUGUCUGUUCGCGAAUUAGCUAAGGGGAUUACUUAUACCGAGCCUUUGCCUACUGGGUGGAAGCCUCCUUUGCAUAUAAGACGGAUGUCCAAGAAAGAUUGCGAAUUUAUUCAGAAACAGUGGCAUAUUAUUGUUAACGGUGAAGAUAUUCCGCCCCCGAUUAAGAAUUUUAAGGACAUGAGGUUUCCGGAUCCCAUUCUGAAGAUGUUGAAAACUAAGGGGAUUGUGCAGCCUACGCCCAUUCAGGUGCAGGGUCUUCCUGUUAUUUUAUCUGGGAGGGAUAUGAUUGGGAUUGCUUUCACGGGUUCGGGUAAAACUUUGGUUUUUGUGCUUCCGAUGAUUAUGAUGGCCAUGCAGGAGGAGAUUAUGAUGCCUUUGGUUCCCGGGGAGGGUCCGUUUGGUUUGAUUAUUUGUCCGUCCAGGGAAUUGGCCAGGCAAACUUAUGAAGUUAUUCAACAGUUCUUGUUGCCGUUGAAGGAAGCCGGAUAUCCGGAGCUCAGGCCUUUGCUUUGUAUCGGUGGAAUUGAUAUGAGAUCACAGCUUGAGAUUGUCAAGAAGGGGGUUCAUUUGGUUGUUGCUACGCCUGGGAGGUUGAAGGAUAUGUUGGCCAAGAAAAAAAUGAAUCUGGAUAACUGCAGGUAUUUGACAUUAGAUGAGGCUGAUCGAUUGGUAGAUUUGGGAUUUGAAGAUGAUAUAAGAGAAGUUUUUGAUCACUUUAAAGCUCAAAGGCAAACUCUCUUAUUUUCUGCUACAAUGCCGACCAAAAUUCAAAACUUUGCUAGAAGUGCUUUGGUGAAACCUAUUAUUGUCAAUGUGGGGCGGGCGGGAGCGGCAAAUCUUGAUGUGAUUCAGGAGGUAGAGUAUGUCAAACAAGAGGCAAAAAUAGUUUACCUCCUUGAGUGCCUACAGAAAACACCACCUCCUGUUCUGAUUUUUUGUGAGAACAAAGCUGAUGUCGAUGACAUUCAUGAGUAUCUUCUCUUGAAAGGAGUGGAAGCUGUGGCUAUUCAUGGAGGCAAGGAUCAGGAAGAGAGAGAGUAUGCCAUUUCAUCAUUUAAGGCUGGAAAGAAAGAUGUCUUGGUUGCAACUGAUGUUGCAUCUAAAGGUUUGGAUUUUCCUGAUAUUCAACAUGUCAUCAACUACGACAUGCCAGCUGAAAUAGAAAAUUAUGUCCAUAGGAUUGGACGUACUGGACGAUGUGGUAAAACUGGUAUAGCGACCACGUUUAUAAACAAGAACCAAAGUGAGACAACUUUGCUUGAUUUGAAACACCUAUUGCAAGAAGCAAAACAAAGGAUCCCACCGGUUUUAGGUGAGCUGAAUGAUCCAAUGGAAGAUACUGAAGAAAUCACAGGCAUAAGUGGUGUCAAGGGAUGUGCGUAUUGUGGCGGGCUUGGACAUCGUAUCCGUGAUUGUCCUAAAUUAGAACAUCAGAAGAGUGUGGCAAUUGCAAAUAAUAGAAAGGAUUAUUUUGGAUCUGGAGGUUACAGAGGGGAAAUUUGA